GCCGACGCAGGAAACGUACGUCUGUUGAGCCAAAAUGGCGUCCGUGAUCCUUCAGUCAGGAGUGGGCUAGCAUGAAACCUGUCCGAUUAAACCUCUUAUGACACGGUUCGGCUCUUAUUAGUCGGAUUAAUCAUUUUCAUCAUUAAGAAGAGUCCAUCUAAACAAGCGGGGACGCCUUUAGAUGCCGUGAGGAGGAGAUGGCGGGACGUAGAGUCGAAUGUUUGUGGAAACGUCACGUUGUCGAGCAGCUGAAGCAGAGAGACAGAGUUCAACGUCAGGCCUUUGAGGAGAUCAUACAUCAGUAUAACCGGUUAUUAGAGAAGUCUGAUCUUCAGGUUGUUUUUUCUGAGCGUCUCCAGACAGAGAAAUAUGAGCAACAGAACAGACACGACCUCAGUCCCGGCGUAGAGGGCGGCCGCAGUGAUUCCCUGCAGCAGGAAAUGGCUCAGAUGAGAAUCAAGCAUCAAGAGGAGCUGACGGAGCUGCACAAGAAACGAGGAGAGUUGGCCCAGAGUGUGAUUGAACUAAACAACCAGAUUCAGCAGAAAGACAAAGAGAUCCAGAGUAAUGAAGCCAAGAUGUUGGAGUAUCAGCAGCAGAUCUCCCAUCUGGAAGGCGAGUGUCGUGAGCUCCGCAACUCUCUGGCCGACCUGGAACGAGCCAAUCAGACGCUACGAGAUGAGUACGAUGCCCUGCAGAUCACAUUCAGCGCCCUGGAGGAGAAACUCCGGAAAACCACCGAGGAGAACCAGGAGCUGGUGACACGCUGGAUGGCCGAGAAAGCGCAGGAGGCCAACAGACUCAACGCUGAGAACGAGAAAGACUCCAGGCGCAGACAGGCGAAACUGCAGAAGGAUUUGGCAGACGCAGCAAAGGAACCUCUUCCUAUAGACCCAGAUGAUGACAUCGAAGUUCUCUCAGAGGAUGUUGGGAAGGGAACGGGUGAAACGUCACCGACCAGACAGAUCAGUCGCACACCCAGCAGACGAGUGUCUCAGCCUCCUCCUCCUGCCGGACUGCUGGAUUCCAUCUCUAAUAUCUUUGGCUUGUCUGAUUCUGUCCAACCUGGUUUCGUCCCAUCUGACUCCAGAAGACGUCGCUCUGUUAAUUCGUUCAGCUCGUCUCCUGAGACCGCGGAGGUGCCGUCGGCAUGCGCUGAUGUCAGAGUUCCCUCCACUGCGCUACACAUCUUUGACGCCCAUGAUGGAGAAGUGAACGCCGUGAGGUUUAGUCCCGGUUCCCGUCUGCUUGCCACAGGAGGAAUGGACCGCAGAGUCAAGCUCUGGGAGGUCAUAUCUGGGAGGUGUGAACCUAAAGGUGCGCUGACAGGCAGUAAUGCUGGAAUCACCAGUAUAGAGUUUGAUAGUGCGGGCUCGUAUCUACUGGCUGCGUCAAAUGAUUUUGCCAGCAGAAUCUGGACGGUUGAUGAUUACAGACUGCGGCACACACUCACAGGGCACAGCGGGAAGGUUUUAUCCGCUCGCUUUCUCCUCGAUAACGCUCGAAUCGUCUCCGGCAGCUACGAUCGAACGCUCAAGCUCUGGGACUUACGCAGCAAAGUCUGCAUGAAGACGGUGUUUGCUGGUUCUAGCUGUAAUGACAUCGUCUGCACGGAGCAGUGUGUGAUGAGCGGACACUUUGAUAAGAAAGUUCGUUUCUGGGACAUCAGGUCGGAGAGCAUCGUGCGUGAGCUGGAGUUGCUGGGACGUGUUACGUCUUUGGACCUCAACCACGACCGGACCGAGCUGCUGACCUGCUCUCGUGACGACCUGGUGAAAAUAAUCGAUCUGCGCAGUAAUGCAGUGCGACAGACGUUUAAUGCUCAAGGUUUCAAGUGUGGUUCAGACUUCACCAGAGUCACAUUCAGCCCUGAUGGAAGUUACGUGGCGGCCGGUUCUGCAGACGGCGUUCUGUACAUUUGGAACGUUCUAACGGGGAAACUAGACAAAACCCUUGAUAAGGGUCACAGUUCUGCCAUAAAUUCUGUGUCCUGGUCUCCAUCGGGUGCAUAUGUGGCCAGCGUUGAAAAAGGCAGCAAGGCUGUGCUUUGGUCUGACAUGUGACCGGCCGCUCCCUUCCUCCGCAGUGAUUGGUUGAGCCCCGUUCCUCCGUGAUUGGAUGAAACAGACUGUAAAGACAGAAUGAAAGUGAGCCCACCCUCACGUCCCACUGGCCUCUUGAACUACCUUUCCCACAAUGCCAUCUUGUUUGGCUACCUGUGUACAUGUGCCGUCUGCCUGUAUGAUCGGACAGCACCGUACACGUAUUAUACAUAUUUAUAUCGGCUUUCAUGUACUGUCUGUCUCUGAUGGAGAUUAUACAAGUGACUCUCACUGUCCUACACGACUCUUACUGCUUGUUUUAACACGGCUUUAAAAUAGUGUGUGUGUGUGUGUGUGUGUUUGUGUGUCUUUACUGUCCGAGUUAUGCUUUGCCUUAUACAGAUACAGGCCAUUAAGCUGCAGGUGUGUGUGUGUGUUUGUGUGUGUUGGAUGCAAUUCCAGUUGAGCUUGACGGAUAGCACUGUUCACAAAAUAUUGUUCCUAGAGCGAAAAUCCCACAUCUCCCUUUUUCAGUCGUGAAUAAAACAAUUGAACAGGAACCUAAUUUUAUUUAGGAUGGAUCUCACAAAGAAAUUCCUGUUUUCUCCUAAAAUCAAAAAGAAAACAUUUUGCUUAAAGAAAAUGAAGACUGUCUGUUUUUUGAUCAUUUGCAUUGACAUUUUUUUUAAACAUUUAAACACAUUUAACCCUCUGUUUGUAUUGCAAAAAAAAAAUGAAAAUGAAAAAUUAAUUCUCAUACCGCAUUAGAGUCAUAAUCAUCCUGUCCAUAAAGUGUUUUACUUAUUAAAUUAAAUAAAUUAAUUAAUGCAUAAAGUAAAGCCCGGAAAACUGCCAUUAUUAUAUAGUUAUAACAAAUAUAUUUUUUUAUUUUAUUGGAUAUUAUUAUAAUUUAUUUAAUAUAUUUCUUUCCACAGCAAAGUAAUUUUACACAACCCCAAAAUUAUUUAUUUUGGAUUGCAGCAAUGAAAGUUUUGUGACGAAUGUGAUUGGAAAAAUAAUGUCAGUGAAUAAAAUAAUAAUAAAUAUCUAUAAUAAAAGCAAAAAAUAAUAUUAAAUGUUAAAAUAUUAAAAUAAUAUUCUAAAAACAAGCUUAAUUUUCUUUAUGCAAAAUGUAAUUACUAUUAUAUUACAGAACAUUUUGGUGGAAAAUGUGUUUGAAUUAAAAAAAAAUGUGCAUGCAUAAAAAAAAAAAAUCUAAAAACAGGCAUACUUUUUUUUUUUUUUUUUUUUUUUUAUUAAUGCAAAAUGUAAUUUCUUUAUUUUUAUUUUGGGGUGAAGUAUCACUUAAUUAUGUGAGAAUUACCUGUAAACUCCUGACUGUGUGUCCGUUUAUGUAUGUUGAUGCUCUGAUUAUUUGUGGCAUUCAGAAUUAAUUUUUUUUCUGCCAUGCAUAUGAGAUUUAAAAGUGUUUUCCACAGUUCUGUCAUACAGUUUACAUAUUUAGUGGAAAUGACACCAUAUUUAAUUUGACAAAAAUGAAAACAUGGCCAUGUGACUCUUUGUCCUAAGCCCCUCCCCUUGGAUCCCGGAUGAGCGUGUGCGUGUGGUGAACGGGUGAUGCACGCAGUGAUGCUGAAUGUAUGCAAUGAGAUGUGUGUGUGUUUUAGUGGAGAAAGUGAUGCUCUGUUGUUCUUUAUUUUUAUUUUACUUUUAUUUCACACGCUGCACACAAGCUCAUAUCCCUGACAGCGUUUUCUCUGAGCAUGACGUCUGUUUCUGAUACUGUAUCAAAUUCUGCGCAGACACUCUCCUUGCGCUGUUGUGCAAAGGAAAACAAGUGCACUUGUGAUUCGCCCUGACGCCAGCAGCAGAACUGGUGACGUUUGCACUUAGUACAAAAAAAAUAAAAAGACUGUAAUGCACCUUCAUACUCGACCGAACACUAUAUUGGCUCGUUUUAAGACACUCGCAUCCCCUCACGCUCAACGCUGGAGUCUGUCGAGGUGCCUAACAAGUGCACUUGGUUUCAGAUGGCGAGUGGAGGGGACUGCACACUUUAUGGAUGAAUUGUGGGUGUGGCUUGUUUAGCUCCACCCUCUCUGAUGCAUUUGUGGGUGGGGCUGAGAGUGGGCCGGCUUAAACGGACCGUGGGAGAUAAUUGUCGCUAAUGUAUAUGAGGUCUCUGUAUAUGUCUGCUUAAUGUUUGCACACCAUAAAAUGUGUGGGACGUUA